AUGGGCACCUACCACAGCUCUGCCAGCCUGCGACCCGACGGCCAAGGCCAACAAGAAGGUAAGAUCCGCGCCUCGCAUCUGCUCGUCAAGCACAAGGACUCUCGCCGUCCCUCGAGUUGGCGUGAGGCCCAGAUCACUCGCUCCAAAGAUGAUGCUAUGACCAUCAUCCUCGGCCACGAAGCCAGAAUCAGAAGCGGUGCGACCAGCCUCGGCGACCUGGCCACCACUGAGAGCGACUGCAGCAGCUCUAGAAAGAGAGGUGACCUGUAUGUCUCUUUGCAUCUUCUUGGAGACUCUGAUCCACUGACGCACUCCUCGCAGCNNGGUUUCUUUGGUAAGGGCGACAUGCAGAAGGAGUUUGAAGACGCCGCUUUUGCUCUGAAGCCCGGCGAGGUCAGCCACGUAGUCGAAACUGCCUCUGGUCUGCACCUGAUUGAACGGUGA